UGGAAUCGUUUUGGUAAAAUGUUGUUGAACGCUCGAAAACCGCAAAUUUCAAUUUGCCUCUUAGUCAUGGGACUGGCGCUGGCUACAAGAGUGCUGCCAUUUCAAUCUAGGACCGAUAAUCUGGAUAGAGUACACGUACUGCAGCUUGUGGCAACUGUAGUACUGGUCUUUGGUGUCCUGAAGGCGCAUCAGCAGCAUAAGGCCAACCUCAUGCUCUUCUGGCUGUUGUCCACAGCAGUAUUAAUUUUCACUACAUGGAUUUAUGGAAUCCUUGAAUUUUUUGACACAUAUCAUCUCUGGAGUAAUUGGAUCUGGAAUGCGCUAUUGGUGAUCACAUUCACAUGGUCAGUUUCUGCUGUCUUCAGCUACAUAUUCAUUAUGAUGUAUGAUCAAUAUGUGGAGUUAACACAGGGAAAAGUUCCCCAAACAGAUGAGGCUGAGCCGAUCAAAGAAGAACCCUCCAAAUUGAAUGGUCAAGUAACAGUACUAAUUACGCAUCCAAAAUAUUCACCAAACGCUUAAAUAUUCAAUUCAAUGCUUGCAAUUAUAAAUAUGUAUACAAACGUGUGAAUAAAAUGUUGUUUAUUUGCUGGAAAA